AUGUCACCACUCGCCAUCUCCGUACCCGACGCUCCGGGUUCACCAAACGCAACCCGAACAAAAUUUACCUUUUAUGGUAAUCGCCAACGGGACAGCGAGAACAGCCUUAUGCCGGGAACUUCAACAGCUGAUGCAUCACCUUAUGCUUCACCCAUGACUUCACCAAUGAUGUCGCCCAUGGCUUCGCCUCGAAUGCAGCUCAAGCCUUUCGGCGCCAUGUACCGACAUGUUCGUCAACCGUCAGACGAGUCCUUGUCACAUUUACCUCCUUUGCCGAUUUCGCCAAGAUGGGAUUCCGUCACCAACCCUUCCAAGUUCAUGCCCGGACAAUCAAUAUCGCAACGAGCUGCAUCUCCAUUCGAUUCGCCCCACUCGCCAUCGCCUCUGAGCUACGAUACAGCAGCAAGCACUCCUGUUGACUCCCGAAACACAUCUCCGACAUUUCUGACAUCCAAAUCGUCACUGGCUGACCUUCGCGCCUACGACACCCUGCCACCCGCCGUGGAGAACUUCUCGCGGCCGCGGAAGCAAAGUAUCCGCCAACCAAUCACCGACGUGACUAAGCCACGACCCGCCCAGAACGCCCCAGGGACCGCAACAUCGAACCCCGGUUUCAAUUCCGCCGACCAGUACCUAGAGCUUGUUACAUCUUCUCAACAUCCCCUUUGGCCUGCACCUCAACGACCUCGUGGCCCUUCGAUAUCUUCUUGUCAAUCCUCUUCUACAUAUCAAUCAGCACUUUCUCCUCCUGGGAACGACUUUUAUGAUCCAAGAGCGCCUCGCAUUCGGACGGCUGCUGGUGCGACAUCGUCAGCACGACCUCCUUUAAAUUACAACGGCGGCUCAGCUUCGCCAAGCCCUGUUAUCGCCCCGUGGAUGAGUGGUGAAGAAUCGCGCUCGAGCUUCCGCUCUCAAUUCACAGACACAACUGGUCCCGGCACCGCUGUUACCGAGCGAAGCAGUGUCCUCACAAAGGACAGCUCUGUUGGUUCAUUAUACGCUGGCCCAGAAAGCGCGGAGCGCGAUCCUAAUACACACAACGAGCCCGACGCUGAGCACGACGAGCCGAGUCUUGAGGAUGUUAUGGGCAUGUACGAGCAAGGCUUUGACACUGACGACGACGAGGUGAACUACUCGAACAACAACACUACCAACGCUCGACCAGUAUCAUCAGCAUCCGAUAUGGGUCCGCGACGAAACGUCAGAGACGACGACGAGGAUGAUUUCCCCGAGGAGCAAGUCCCCGAGUCCUCAACGCUCGACAUGGAAAUUCGAAUGUCCAAGAUGAUCUUCACAUCUCCAGCCUUUACAUCAUCCGUUCCUCACAUUGCCGAAAAGCACGUUGUUGAAAAAUACAGCUGCGAAAUCCCUGAAAAGCGAGACUCGGUCAAGUCUUUAGACUCAGAGCCUUCCGUCAAAUCCCAAAAACCUCUUUCCCUUAUUGAAUCCGACACUGCGCGCUCAGGGUCAUUUGCUGCACCUCUCUCACCACCGGGCUCCACCCUGGCACCCGUCUUUGAAGUAAAAGAUCGACCCGAAACUCCCGAGUCAAGGAAUAACUCUGAAUACGCCUCAGAGCCAGCGCCCGAACCGAGAGCGGCCCCCGAGGCUGAGCUCAAACCCAAGCCAGUUUCUCCACCUCCCCCAGUCGCUAUCCCUGAGCCAGUUGAGCCGGAAGAUCCUGGCGCUCGUGAUCGAUACGGUUUCAAGAAGGAAAACCAGUAUGUGACGCGACAGCAGUAUGACACCUGGAAUACUGGAUACACUGAGUACCUCGCUCGUCGACGAAAGAAGUGGAACCAGUACCUGAAAGACAAUGCCCUGAUGACAGACCACCCGAACCGGUUUCCCGCUCCCAACGCAAAGACGAAACGAUUUGUUCGCAAGGGUAUCCCCCCAGAAUGGCGCGGUGCCGCUUGGUUCUACUAUGCUGGCGGACCAGCUAUUCUGGCCAAGCACUCGGGUCUUUACGAUAAGCUCACAGCUAAGCGAGCUAAGGACAUUGAUGCUGAGGCUAUCGAGCGAGAUCUACAUCGCACAUUCCCCGAUAACAUUAAAUUUAAGCCUCCCGGCGGGAUGGACACGACAUCGUCAAGUAGCGCUAGAGAGUCGACAAUGACGGAUUCCACUCGCAGCUCCAGCCCGGCUCCUCAAAGCGUCGAGGGCGAGACACCUAUCAUUACCUCUCUUCGCCGUGUACUUCACGCAUUCGCUGUAUACAACCCUCGCAUUGGCUACUGCCAAAGUUUGAACUUCUUGGCUGGUCUUCUGCUGCUUUUUGUUGACACUGAGGAACAAUGCUUUUGGCUCCUCAACGUCAUUACGCGCAUUUAUCUUCCCGGUACCCAUGAGAUGAGUCUUGAGGGUUCCAAGAUUGACUUGGGAGUGCUCAUGACUGAGAUGCGCACUUCCAUGCCUGCUGUCUGGGACAAAGUUGGCGGAGAGCUUGAGGCUGAUCCCAACUCUCGACCUUCAACGAGCAAGUCGAUUCGUCUUACUCGCUCCCGUCGCAAGGAACUGGCACGCAUGUCAACGCCCACCGACAGACUCCCACCAAUCACACUUUGCAUGACAGCCUGGUUUAUGAGCUGCUUCAUCGGAACACUACCCAUCGAAACCACCCUCCGCGUAUGGGAUGUGUUCUUCUACGAAGGCUCCAAGACUCUUUUCCGCAUCGCAUUGGCCAUCUUCAAGCUAGGCGAGAACGAGAUCCGAUCCGUGGGCGAUCCCAUGGAGAUGUUUGGCGUGGUGCAAUCGAUGCCACGCCGCCUGAUUGAUGCCAACGCUCUUAUGGAGGCUUGCUUCAAGCGGCGGAAUGGCUUCGGGCAUCUGAGCCAGGUCCAGAUUGACGAGAAACGUCAGCAACGUCGAGCUAAGGCACAAUUGGAUAGAGUCCGUCAAGGCAAGACAUGGAACAACUAG